AUUUCUCUCUGCUGCUGCUGCGUCUUAAAUAAAUAGUAGGCUUUCAUUCAUUUGCAUUUCUUCACUUUUUCGCCUUUUCUUCAACCUCAGUGGAGGAGGCUUGGGAGAGACUCUAAAACCAGGUGAUAGCGAAGGUAUUCCUUUCUUUCUUCGCGAAUUUUUGCUUUUCGCAUGCAUUGUGGCUUUAGGUGGAUGCAUAUGUAGGUGAAAUUGAGUGUAGUUUGGAUUCUGUGAUGUUGAACCUCGAUUUGACUAUUGAUCCUUCUGCACCGACUUCCGAUCGAACUGAAUCGGCGUCGGAUAACCACAUCGCACUCUCCAGCGAUCAAAUGGAAUACUCCGGCAGCUCUAAUUCCUCGGUGGUUAAUGUGGAGACUUCUAGCGCCGCCGGCGACGAGAACUCUAGUUCGAGUCAAUUGGUCGGUUUUGAUAUAUGGAAGAGCAGUGGUGAGUUUGGAGAGAGUGACAAAUCGAGCUGCGGUUACGUGAUGAAGGAGUUUUUUCCGGCUACUAGCGAAGGGCAGAUGAAUCAAUCGAUGGAUCUCUCUGGAAAUAACCAUGAGCAAAGGAUUAUUGCUCAGCAGCAGCAGCAACUUAAGCGGCAGCAUGUGCAGAAGAGUAGGAGGGGACCGAGGUCUCGCAGUUCUCAGUAUCGCGGCGUCACAUUUUAUCGCCGCACUGGACGUUGGGAAUCUCACAUAUGGGACUGUGGCAAACAAGUCUAUUUAGGAGGAUUUGACACCGCACAUGCUGCAGCUCGGGCAUAUGAUCGCGCCGCAAUUAAAUUCCGUGGACUGGAUGCUGAUAUUAAUUUUAACGUCAGUGAUUACGAAGAUGAUCUUAAGCAGAUGAAGAAUCUGACCAAGGAGGAAUUUGUACACAUACUACGUCGCCAGAGCACGGGGUUCUCAAGGGGAAGUUCUAAAUACAGGGGAGUAACAUUGCACAAAUGUGGUCGAUGGGAGGCUCGAAUGGGACAGUUUCUUGGCAAGAAGUAUAUCUAUCUUGGAUUGUUUGACAGUGAGAUAGAAGCUGCAAGGGCAUAUGAUAAGGCAGCAAUCAAGUGCAAUGGAAGGGAAGCAGUUACCAAUUUCGAGCCGAGCACAUAUGGAGAGGAGCUAAGCUCUGAAGCGAUCACUGGAGCCGCCGAGCACCAUGAUCUUGAUCUGAACUUGUGCAUAGCUCCCCCUCCUCGGCCUGACGCUCCAAUUGAGAACAAUGACAUGAAGGGAACUGCGGCAACGACGGAGAAAGGAAUAAAUUCGUCAGCAAAUUGGACAUGGAUUCCCCAAUACCAUGUCCAAGUGAACAGUCCUUACCCUCUCGUAGCCACUGCAGCAUCAUCAGGAUUCGCAACUAACUCAAGUUUCACUCCUUCCUUAGCCGACGAUUAUUGCCAAAACACAUCUCACUAUCACCGGACGUGAUCAGGAUCAUCGGCAGAAUCAGAGACUUGAUAAAUCAAAAGUUUUAAAGAGAGACAGACAACACAUUAUUACAAAUAUUCCCCAUAAUAUUCUGUUUUUCACUAUUCAAUUCAAAGACUACUCUUUCUUUUAAAUGCUAUAAAACUUUGUUACUACAACAACAGAUGCUUUUGUUUUACAUAAAUUAGAUAUAUAUCCAAUUCUUAUCCAUCAUCAGGUAUGUAAUGAGUAAGUGAUGUUUUUUGUUGGGCAAUGAAUCAUGAUCCACUAAAUGCAACAAUUCUUAUUACCUGGUGCAGGAGGUGCUGAUCGUACAGGAGAAGGUUGCAAAGGAGUUGUGGGGACUACUACUCCAUUAUUGGUCUCCUCUCUCUCUACACUGUAAGUAAGGGAAGGGAAAAGGUUAAAUGAAGUAUCCUAAUCCUAGUACUCUACUGUUUGCUUAUGUUUUUGUCCUCUGAUGUCAUAACACGAAGGAGCAGAAAAGAUGUAAAAAAGCCUUUGGACCGCUCACACAUCCAUCCAACCAUCCAUGUCAACCUUACCAAGCCCACUCCAGGACUGCACUGCAGGUACACUUACAGCUACUGCCAUAACCUUCUUCAGAAUAAAUAAUGUUUGAAUAAAACUCUCUCUAUCCUAGCUACUAAUUUAUUUAUUUAUUUUCUUUUCUUUUUAACUAUAGAUACUAAAGUUUAGGAGAUGUAUAAUUACUGUAGAUACUAUCAUUUAAAAGGAAUGUAAUUAGUAAAAAUUAAUUAUUUUGUAUAUAAUUUUAUUCUAAAAAAUAAAGAAAUAAGUGAAACAGACUGAAAUACAAAAAAUGAA